UCGUUACAUAGGCUACUGUAUGCUCUCUGAGACAGAAGUAAUUCAGGGAAAGGGUUAUGGAGAGGCGUUUGACUUAACGGACUACAACAUUGUGGUUUCGCUCGAAGCAGCAAGUUGCUUCUCAAACAUCUCUCUGGGAUCCGCAAGCUAGUAAUUAAUACGAGAGCGCAACCGGUAGCUUGUUCAGUUUGUCUGGAACACCAGUUUCUAUUUUCAAGCCAAUUCACUGCAACAUGAGAAAAUAUAUGAACAUUUUCUAGCCUGUUUUCGCGGUGGCUCUCUACAAAUGUCAUCGUAAGGACAAUGCUGAAAAACUUUGGUUUACUAUCAAAGAUGCCAGCAUAACGUAAAUAUACUGAACAGCUGGGACUCGGGCUAUUGUUUAUCUUUUGUUUAGCAGUGAAGCAGUCCAAAUAAGUCUACUAAAGUUUUCGUUUUCAUCAACCAUAGUUUCUAUCGUCUUGUAAAGCAAGUCUUGGAUAAAACACAGCAUGGCUGAACACGAAAGUUUGGAGUUCGGGAAGGCGGAUUUUGUUCUUCUGGACAACGUGUCCAUGGAAGAAUUUAUGGCUAACCUCAAGCUCAGGUUUGAAAAGGGCCGCAUCUACAGCUACAUCGGUGAGGUGGUGGUGUCGGUGAACCCCUACCGAGCCAUGAACAUCUACGGCCGCGAUGUGAUCGAGCAGUACAAGGGCCGAGAGCUGUACGAGCGCCCGCCGCACCUCUUUGCCAUCGCAGACGCAGCCUACAAAGCCAUGAAGAGGAGGAACAAAGACACCUGCAUUGUCAUCUCAGGGGAGAGUGGCGCUGGGAAGACAGAGGCCAGCAAAUACAUCAUGCAAUACAUCGCUGCUAUCACCAACCCCGGCCAAAGAGCUGAGGUGGAGAGGGUGAAAAAUAUGCUGCUCAAGUCCAACUGUGUCCUCGAGGCUUUCGGCAACGCCAAGACCAACCGCAACGACAACUCCAGCCGCUUCGGCAAGUACAUGGACAUCAACUUCGACUUCAAAGGAGACCCUAUCGGUGGCCACAUCAACAACUACCUGCUUGAGAAGUCCAGAGUCAUCUUCCAGCAGGAAGGAGAGAGAAGCUUUCACUCCUUCUACCAGCUGGUGAAGGGGGCCCCAGAGUCUCUGCUGAGCUCCCUCCACAUCCAAAAGGACCCGACUGCCUACAGCUACAUUAAAGUGGGAGGCCAUGUCAAGUCCUCCAUCAAUGAUGGCGCUGACUUCAAAGCAGUGGCCGAUGCCAUGAAGGUGAUCGGUUUUACAGCCGAGGAGGUCCAAACCGUUUACAAAAUCCUGGCCGCCAUCCUCAUACUGGGCAACCUGAAGUUCGGCACAGACGGCGACGUGACGCUGAUCGAGACCACCAAGCUGGUGGCCACCCUGGGCAGCCUGCUGUCCACCAAAGAGGAGAACGUGGAGAAGGCGCUGCUGUACCGCACCGUGGCAACCGGCCGAGACAUCAUCGACAAGCAGCACACGGACCAGGAGGCCAGCUAUGGGCGGGACGCGUUAGCUAAGGCCAUUUAUGAGCGGCUCUUCUGCUGGAUAGUGGGGCGGAUCAACGACAUCAUCGAGGUGAGGGACUACGACGCAAGGGUGCAUGGGAAGAACACUGUCAUCGGCGUGCUGGACAUCUAUGGCUUUGAGAUUUUCCAGAACAACAGCUUUGAGCAGUUCUGCAUUAACUACUGCAAUGAGAAGCUGCAGCAGCUCUUCAUUCAGCUGGUGCUGAAACAGGAACAAGAGGAGUACCAACGAGAGGGCAUCCCCUGGAAACAUAUUGACUACUUUAAUAACCAGAUCAUCGUGGACCUUGUGGAGCAGCAGCACAAGGGUAUUUUCGCGGUGCUGGACGAGGCCUGCAUGAAUGUGGGGAAGGUCACAGACGGGAUGUUCCUGCAGGCCCUCAACGGCAAGCUGGCCAAACACGCCCACUACACCAGCCGGAAGCUCUCACCUACCGACAAGAAUUUGGAGUUUGAACGGGACUUCCGCAUAAAACACUACGCAGGGAACGUGGUGUACUCCAUUGUGGGCUUCAUAGACAAGAACAAGGACACCCUGUUUCAAGACUUCAAGAGACUCUUGUAUAACAGCCGUAACCCCGUGCUGAAGGCCAUGUGGCCUGAGGGGAAGCUCAGCAUCACGGAGGUAACCAAGAGGCCACAGACAGCUGCCACCCUCUUCAGGAACUCCAUGAUCUCUCUGGUGGAGAAACUGGCCUCCAAGGAGCCAUACUACGUACGCUGCAUUAAGCCCAACGACGUGAAGUCGCCCCUACUCUUCGAGGACGAGCGCUGCCGGCAUCAGGUGGAGUACCUUGGCCUGCUGGAGAACGUGCGCGUCCGCCGCGCCGGCUUCGCCAACCGGCAGACCUACCCCCGCUUCCUGCAGAGGUACAAGAUGAUCUCAGAGUUCACAUGGCCCAAUCACGACCUACCAUCAGACCGCGAGGCGGUGAAACGUCUGCUGCAGGGCUGCGGCUUCGAGGACGACGUGGCCUACGGCAAGACCAAGGUGUUCAUCCGCACCCCACGCACCAUCUUCAGCCUGGAGGAGCAGCGUGCAGAUAUGGUCGGGAGGAUCGUGCUCUUCUUGCAGAAGGUGUGGCGCGGCACCAUUGCCCGGAUGCGUUACCGGCGGAUGCGGGCGGCCCUCAUCAUCAUUCGGGCCUACCGCCGCUACAAGGUGAGGUCCUACAUCCGCGAGGUGAACCGCCGUUUCAAGAACAUCCGCAGCAUGAAGGAUAAUGGGAAACACGUCAAGUGGCCCACGCCGCCCAAAGUGCUGCGCAAGUUCGAGGAGAUGAUGAGGAGCAUCUACAACAGGUGGUGGGCCUGGACGCUGAUCAAAGGGCUCUCCCCCGAGGAGAUGCUGAAGGUGCGGGCCAAGGUGGCCACGCUGGAGUGCCUGAAGGGCCAGAGAGCCGACCUGGGCCUGCAGAGAGCCUGGGAGGGCAACUACCUGAGGCGGGAUAGUCCUGACACAGCCUCCUCCUUCACCCUGGUGUCCAGCGACCUUCAGCGCAAGGACAAGUUCAUGAGGAUUCUCUUCUCCUCCAACGUCCGCAAAAUCAACCACUUCAACAAGGCUGAGGAUCGAGCUGUGUUCAUUACUGACAGACACCUGUACAAGAUGGAUCCCCUCAAGCAGUACAAACCUAUGAAGAGCAUCCCUCUUUAUAAUGUGACAGGGGUGAGUGUGUCCCCGGGGAAGGACCAGCUGGUAGUCUUCCACACCAAGGACGGCCGUGAUUUGGUGGUGUGCCUGCAGGGCAUGACGCCAGCGGGGGAGAGCCGCAUCGGCGAGCUGGUGGGCACCAUGUCCAGUCACUUCAAAAGUGAGAAGCGGAAGCUGCAGGUGAACAUUGCCAGCCCCAUCCAGUGCAGCAUGAAUGGAAGGAAGUGCACCAUCGUAGUGGAGCCCAAGAUCAACCAGCCCCAGCCCGAAUUCACCAAGAACCGCUCCGGCUACAUCCUCGCCGUGCCAGUCAACUAAACAGGGUUCCGGGGGGGAGGGGUUAUCCAGGAAAUCCCAUCUGAACAGGACCAUUGGAAGCCAUUGCCAUCCCCCCCCCCCCCCCCCCCUUUACUAAAACUUAUCAUUUCAGAGAUAAAAGCCAUAUAAAAAUUCUACAAUGAAACAGGCGUAAUUGAAACUCGCUUAGCUCCAUUGGUAAUCCUGGAGGAGGUGUUAUUGAGACCUUGUUUCAUGUGUAUAUGAAUGGGAAAUGUCAACAUAAUAGUGUCCUAUGCUUUUCAUUGCUUGUAAUUCCUCAUAGUCGCUAUUCACCAAAGUCAUUCACCAAAGAGACUCGCAUAGAAAUGGUAAAGAUGAUGUGGGAAGAUAGUUGAACUGAUUUCCUUUUUAAGAGCCAAAUAAAGGGGAAAAAACGUAAAGUUUGUGCACACCAAACAAUGUAAUAUUUAGAUUGAGAUAUUAGAUGAGUAUGUCUGAUCUGCUAAGGAGCAUUUCCUAUUUGUUUUUGAUGAAAGAGAUUAUAUCAGGCCGCAGCUAAGACUUUGAUUAUUUUUGACCUUUUGGAGAUUGUAUUGAUUUGGGUCAAUGACAUUGGUAAAUUAGUUUUGAGCGAUGUGUUCCUAAGAAAUCCCUUUUCCUUUUGUAGUAGAGACCAAAUUGUGUGUGUGUGUGUGUGUGUGUGUGUGUGUGUGUGUGUGUGUGUGUGUGUGUGUGUGUGUGUGUGUGUGUGUGUGUGUGUGUGUGUGUGUGUGUAUUUGGGCGUGUGUCCUAACUGAUGAGAGCACUUUCCCCGUCAGGUGUAGAGAAGGAUGUGUUGAGCAUGUCCUCAUUAUCUUCCACAGCUCUGAGAAGAGCGUUUAAACUCUAUCCUUACUUAAUCACCUCUGAAUUUGUAUGCUCUCUACAUUUACUAUAACACUACAUACAAGCACGAGCUAAUGCAAAUACACAAGCCUACAUUGACGCUAUCCCAGAAGCAGCAUACUUUAGUAUCAGUUCGGCACGAGAGACACUAAAUAAAGGCAAUGACUGUAAUAUUAAAACUUCUAUACUAUGUAUUAUGUAUACAUGUAUAUGUAUACUAAAUGUAAGAUAAAUGGCACUAAGACUAGAUGCUAGCAGUAAGCGCCACCCAGGCAGGAAGUAUGCAGCGGUUUAGUCCUGCUUGUGAUCCCCCAUCAGGCCCUGUGAAAGCAGGGCAAGGCUGGUCUGAAGGUGGCCCUUACCCCUGACAGAGGAGCCACUUGAGUCACACACGCCCUCUCCUCUGACUCCAUGGCCACAAAGCGAGCGUGGUCAUCAGCCAUGAUCCGGCUAGACCUCUCGCUAGCUCCCUUUGAUAGUCUCUGUGUGUGUGUGUGUGUGUGUGUGUGUGUGUGUGUGUGUGUGUGUGAAACCAGUCAUCCAUUUGAAAGAUGCUGUGGGAGAGACAGGUAGUAGAGCUUCUAUGGUCCCCUCAUAAAGGCUUACGCACCAGAACCUUCCUUCUCAGCAUCCGCUAGAUGCCAACAGACAGAGCCUCAGCCAGGGAGUUUUGUAGCGUCGGCUGAACUUUGACCCUCGCUACCCAUCCCCAAGGAGUGUGUUCAUUUACGCAGAGUAUCUCGUCUCACAUGGCGAGACCAACAUGCUCUUUUUAUGCCAAAUAAGAUUUUAACCGACUCAGAUUUUUAUUUCUACCAAAUACACUCUUCUUGUCUUCUCAGCAGACAUUUUAUACGUCAUACAUCCACCCCGCUGACAGAUCACUGUGCUUAACGGCUCAUUGGACGUGUAAUCUAAUGAGUCAUCCCAAGCCCCGAGAAUAGCAGUUUGAAAAAUGUCUUUAUGUCACUGAUGUGUGUGUGGAGCGGGAUAUCCUUGAAAUUGUGUAUUGUGUUAGUUAUAAAUGGCGAAGCCUAAACCAAUCUUUUUAUUUUCUCUUCCUCGCUAUUGAUUAAGAGUUGCGCACGAGUCCGUGUUUGUCUCAUAUCGACUUAGUGUAUUUGUGAGUGGGUUUGUGCGUUCUGGCUUUAUUGACUCAAAUCAACAGGAAUCAGUGGAGGGUGAUGAGAAAGGAGCUCCCAGGACGCGUGGCCUACUUUGCGCAAUUUCUCCUCUGUGGAUGAGAAGUGCCAAAGCCGCCGCUGAUAUCAGCUAGUCACGUCUGUCCUCACAGAGAAAGAAACCAUUUCGCCCCCCUUUAAUUACAGCUCGCCUGCAGAAGCUCAAGGAGCCAUUCGCAAGAUUAGGGUCGUGAUCAGUUAAUUGGUACCCAAGACUUGAGACAGAGGAGAGGGGGAGUGGCCUCUGUUGUGGUAUCUUGCGAGGAUGACGUGUGGUCUGAUGGGUGGGGGUGAUGGUGCCAGGCGAAGAGGGUAGCAGGAGCGGGCACAGCAGUGUGGUGGCAGUGGCUGAUUUAGUUGGCAGAGUCAUCUCUUUUCCUUUGAUCUAUUUUUCUGUCGUUGCCUCGCUAUCAUUCCAACCAUCCACCUCACGCUGCGGUGCCACUCUCUUUGUCCACCCCAUCCUCCCGUACCUAUCUCCUCUCUGCCUUGUCUGCCGUACGUGUUGGUGCUAUACCCACUGAGCUUUGAAUCAGAUACGCAGUGCUAUCUUCUUCCUUGACCCCAGUUUGCAUAGGGAUCCACAUCACACACCUCAGCCGCCAGUGAAGAUAGUUUUCAUGCUCCACUAUCUCCUGAAUGUAGGCUGGGCUUUUAGGCUGCGUUAGCAUCACUUGUGUUUCAGCCGCCAGUGGAAAGUGAAGAGCUGAGAGGAGUGCUCCCUGCUCCGUCAGCCGCUCUCUCUGGAUUACUCCGUGGCCAGACAGCACUGCUGUAAGGAGAUUAGAACGGCGUGAUGUGUGCUGUCCACACGCUUUGUAACGUUGUCACAUUUCAAAACCAGGAUAGUCUCAGAGUGGUGUCUGUUUGGUUUUUUUACUUUGAUUUUACUGUUGAACUUAAUGUUUUCCUCUACCUGCAACAGGCAGCAGUUGUACUGGUAUGCGUUUUGGAAUGGAUGACUGCCAGUCUGUUUGUGAACCAAAUAAGUAUCCAGUCUUUCCACACACACAGAUGGGUUUUUUUUUCCUGACACAUGGAAAUAAUAGGAUAGCCACACUUGAUGUAGUACCUUGUCAGUGUUGUGUGAAGUUCCUUUCUGCGCUUUGGAAAGGGGAUGUUUGUAAUCCUAUUCUUAUUGAUCCACCAGCAUCGCGUCUAGCCCUCUGCUCUCUGUCUCCAGUGUGUCUCGCUUCCCACAGUUUCCUCUCCUGGACCAGAUGCAUCAAAGUGCCUUUAAAUGUUUCUAGAUUCAUAUAACUGUAGUGCAGUACUUAGUACCACCCUAUUUCUAAGACAAGAAAUAACCUGUAUGACUUCGUAUUGUUUGUGCUGUUCCUUGUAUUCAACAGUCACUAGCUAGUCUGAUCAGUGUAUGUGCCUAAUUUUGUAUUUUGUGUAUUUAAGUAAUAUAUUAAUUUUGACUGUAAAUGAGGGGAUAUGAUGAUGGACCAGAUCAAAGGGAACAUAAUCAGUGUUUUUCAAGUGUAUGUUUAUAUGGGAUCCCGCAGGACAUUGAAUGUUUUUCAGUGGUUUUGAGGAAUAUUCAUGUUGUUUGUGUAUUUGUUUAGUCAUUCAUGAAAUUGUUCAACCAUCCAUAUUUUGAGUUAAGAAAAUAAAUAUCUUUGUUUCAUAUGCAUCAAUCCUCAAAAA